CGCCCCCCACCGCUCCUUUGCUUGUGCUUUGGUAGGGCCGUAUUUCCUUGUGUAUCUGUGCCAGUACUGAAAUUACCAACCGCGGAACUGGGGGAGGAAUGUGUAUUGCGAGGAAACACUGUAGUGGGGCCCUAUUUCCUUGUGUAUCUGUGCACUAGUGCAGUUUCCAGCUACUGGAUUGAGGUAAGAAGCAAAGAUGAAGAGCUCAACGCCCCAGUCUGCUGGCCGUUCCCCGAGCACCGCCUCAUCCUUGGAUAGCGUGUUUGUGUCCCCCAGCACCCGGCCCCAGGCCCUGAGUGCUGGCAGCACCCCUGAGCUGGAGAGCUUGGCCAGGAAUGAUGAUGAGCAGGAGAGGAAGCAACGUCGGCGAUCCCGCAUCCUCGACCUGCAGCUCAGCAGCACUGAGUCGCCCCUUUUGGUCAAGUCCCCUGCCAACAGGCAGGCAGACGCUUCUCUGCCGGUGAUCCCAAGACUGACAAACACUCAGAUUUCAGAUCACUACUCAACCUGCAUUAAGCUGUCUGCAGAGAAUAAAAUCACCACAAAAAAUGCCUUUGGCUUGCAUCUUAUUGACUACAUGACAGAGAUCCUCAAGCAGAAGGACUCCGAACUCACCAACUUCAAGAUGGCAGCUGGCACCCUGGAUGCCAGUGCAAAGAUUUAUGCCGUCCGUGUGGAUGCUGUCCAUGCUGAUGUCUACAAAGUCCUUGGUGGGCUGGGCAAAGAUUCCCAGUCUACAAGAGAAGAGGAUGGUCAAGACUUGGAUGGAACUGACACCUUGGAAGCCAGGAAGAAAGCUCCCACCAAGAAGAAGCACUUCUACAAAACCAUCGAGCAGAACCCAAGUAACCUCAACGUCCCAGAAACCGAUUGCAAAUGUGAGGUUGACCCCAUGCUCCAGAAAUCAGCAGCCUCCUUUGAUGAGUGUAGCACGGUUGGCAUCUUCCUCAGCACACUACACAUCCACAGCUACUGCAGCGAGCUCCUGUUCGAAUCCAAAGUCACACCUCUCUCAUCUUCAGAGAUGAUGCUUGAGUCCCCGAGCUCUGCACCUGUAAAGGUGGCAGAUGUUAACUCACUCCUGCUGAAGUGCAUUGAGAACCGUCCCAUCUGCCCUUCCCUUGCUAGCCUCCGGUUCACCGAAUGGGACAGCGAAUGUCACAACGAGUCGGUGUCAGCUCUGCUGGAAAAAUUUAAGAAGAGUGACCAGGUGUUCAACGUCAAUGCUGACGUGGAGGACGAGCCUGACAACUGUGCCGAUGCCCCUGUGAUGGAUGACUUUGAUGCAGACCUGCUAGACAGGACAAUGGCAGGGGAGCUGGGCAAGUUUGCACAGGAUCCUGAGGCCUUCAGGAUGGCACAUGAAGGCACAAAGAAGAACGUGAUCCCUCUGGGUGAGGGAGACAUCACCACCAUGUGCCUCCAGCUCUCCGUGAAACCAGGGGAAUACUCUUACUUCAGCCCCCAGAUUAUGUCAAUGUGGGCUGGCCCAGAGCACUGGAGAUUCAAACCUCACCAUAAAUUGGAGGCAGGCGCUGAUAAAGAGAUCAGGAAGAAGAGUUCCAAGAAAGUCUUUGAAAUCAACUUUGAUGAGGAUGUCAACUUUGAACCCUAUUUCCGGGAGACCAGGGCAGCUACCACCAUGGCCAAAUCUGUCCUUGAAAGCCAGAACAAGAAGAGCACGACGCUCCCAGCUGACUUCCACUAUGACCCCAGCAGCCUCACCAGGCUCUUCCUCAAGCCAGAUGCCAAGCUGCGGAGGAUGUCCACGCAGAGCAGCUCCUCAGAUCACAGUGAUGAGAUUGGAGAGUACGAUUACAACAACCCCAAUGACGCUUCCAACUUCUGUCCUGCUUCCCAGUGUGCCGACAGUGAUGAUGACAAUGACCCUGCAGACUUUGGGGGUCAGACCGGGGACUUCGAGCUCACUGCCAACACUGCCUGGGGCUUCAAUCAGGGGAUCGAUGCCAACAGGGCUGACAUCAUGACCUAUGGGGAGUCCAACCUGGUCACGGAGCCUAAAAAGGUCAACAAGAUUGAGAUUCAGUAUGCCAAGAUGGCCAAGAAGAUGGACAUGAAAAAACUCAAGCAGACCAUGUGGGACCUCCUGACUGAAGCCAAUCAGAAGCAAGCGCUGGCAGAGAGCAAAGACGCGGAGGAAGAGGUAGCGGCAGUGGUAAUGGGUGAGAAGGUGCUGAGUAAUCUCACAAAGGAGCUGCCGCGCAGGUUGCCUUCCAUGAUGGCGCAGAACCUCUCCAUCCCUCUGGCUUUCUCCUGCCUCCUGCAUUUGGCCAAUGAGAAGAACCUGAGACUACAGGGUGUGGAGGACCUGUCCGAUGUCCUCAUCCAGCAAGCGCAGUAAAAUGGCACUCCUACUGGGAGAGGAGCCACCAUCCCCUCCUCCCCCACCCAGCACAGGAACCUGGCUAUUGUGCAACAGUGGCUCUUCGUUUCUACCUGUCUUCUCUUCUCUGGGUGGUGCCACAUGGAGAUCCCAUAGACUUCUGAGCUUCAUGGGGCCCUGGGUUAGGGUGAGCACAGGGGUGCUGCAGCCUCUCCCACCUGUCACCUGCUACUUCACUUGCACUAUCCAGCCUCUUAAGUCCUGGGGGUCCCAUACCCCACUCGCACACAGUAGGCAUCUCUUAAUUUGCCUUCUUUCCAGGCUUUGACCCCCACAGUGAGAGCCUGGAGCCCCUGCAGUAGAAUGGGGACUAGAAUCCCACAAAGUAAUCCUCCACAGAGCCCCUUGGUAUCCUGGCUGCAGCAGUAACAACCUCCUUGG